CGUGCUCUAACGAUUUUCAAGUUAGAUACCUUAAAAGUUGCGUAAAAUUGAGUAGAUCAAAAAUCCGUAAUAAUAUUGGGUGGUGCAUAGUCAGUUUUCGCGAUACGAGCAAAAAUGUGCGAAUUUUUUGCUAAUUUUGGAUUUUAACUCAAACUCGUCCAAAUUUUGGCCAAAUAUCACCGGAAAUUGGUGAACCUCGCGAUCAACAACGACUGCCUCGGGGUGGACCACAUGCCAAGCAGUCUAAAUUUGUGGCGGCGACACGACGGAGUUCAAUCUUUUGCGACGAAGACGACCGAUAAAUGCCGGGUUGAAGGGAACUUUGCGGAAUAUGUCGUGCAAUUACUCCCCUCCGUGAAGAAACUUGACUUGAAAUUCGGGCAGUGUGGCAACGAAGCGAUGGAACCGUUCAAACUGUGGGAUCUGGACGAGGUCAAGCUGGUCGUGCGGCAUGAGCACGUGGCCGCCGGGGUGGUCAGCGUCCUAAGGAAUGUAGUGGGUUGGAAAGGCGUCAAAACCGUCCAUUUCGAGUGCACUGAGAUCAGAGAAAACGACUUUUCUGACAGUAUUCAAUAUGUCAUUUUGUUCGUAGAGGAUUUAAACGCGUGGAAAUCUCGGGAGUUGUGGUACCAGAAAUUGUUGAAGUCAUAAUGCGACCUAUUUUUGAAGCUGGUGGGACACCCGUACAUUUUCUGGGAGGUGUGCAUCAUAAUUAAAUUAGUGGCAUGUGAGAAACUAGGUGACAAGUAAUUAGUGCCGUUUUUACUGUUUUAAUGGUGCAGAUUUCAUAAAUACAUGCUUUCGUAAAAUUUGAAUAAAAGUUGUACUAAUAAUUUAAA